UGUUGUAGUUUGAACUAAAGGACACCUGUUCACAUACCUGCCACCUCAAGCUGAAAAAUGAGAUCUUAGAUAGCGGGAAUGCCACCACGUGAACAACCACAAACCCCCAUCACUUUAAUGGCAAAAAUUUAACACCAAAACCACCAUCAAACAUUCCUCUCGUAUCCACGAACCGGAUUCGUGAAAGGCCGAAGAAAAACCGAGUUCUAGAAGCUUUUAAAUGGACCGAGCAAUCAGCAUUCCACGUGCCCGCCUCUUUUUUCAUUCAUAGCUCCCAAAGCCCUCAAAAUCAAAGGACCCAUUAAAACUGUGGCCGCUCCUUUGACAACAUCCUGGGCGGGCUCCGUGAACAUGGGACUCUUAUUCAUGUUGAUCGUUUUAGGCCUUUUUUGCACAGAAUCAAGGCUAGUUUCUGGCGAUCUCGGCACAGCAACUUCUUACGGUCCUCCUUAUAUGCCAACAACAUGCUUUGGGAGUAGGCCAGACCAGUUCCCUCCGAUGUACCUUUUUGCGGCGGUGAGUGAAGGGUUGUGGGACGGUGGUUCUGCGUGUGGAAGGCUCUAUAAAAUUAGGUGCCUGAGUGGACGUAAUAUGCCCUGCAAGGGUGGUGCUACUGUGGAGGUGAAGGUGGUGGACCUUUGCCGUCAAUCUCCGUGCCCUUCUACCAUUGCCAUGUCAACCAAUGCUUUUGCAGCCAUCUCAAACUCAUCUUCUACACAAAUCAACAUCGAAUAUCUUCAGAUAUGAAAUCAGCUGAACCAGAUCUAUGCUGAUCACAUACAGCCGAGGAUAUUUCUCAAAGAACUCUCUCCGAUGGCCAACGCUUCUAAAUCUUAAAACUUAGCUCUCAUCCUUCAACUGUAUUAUAUAAUAAUGGUCGAUAAUACUUUCAACUGUAUUAUCUCAUACUUCAACUGUAUUAAAUAGGAUGUUUUUUCAUAUGUUUAAUCUUUUAUUGUUGCCUUGUUGGUACUGAAAUCUGUUAAAAUUGUAAGUGGUUUUUCCAGAAUGA